UGAUUCUAAAGAAGAAAAUGAGGAAUGGUUUUAACAUCUGAUUAAAAUUAAUUAAAUAUCACCCAAGCAUUUCCACAUAUAUUCGUAGUUUUCUAGCGCUGUAGCGUAUUGAGUAACUCGCAAUUUGGUAAAUGUGUUUAGAUUGGAAUAUUGCAUUAUUUAGAUGAAUAUUUCAACAAUGAAGAAAUAAAUGGAGAAUAUGAGUCCAUUAAUAGGAUUAUGGGAAAAGCUACGAAUGAAAUUAGAUCGUGUUACAUCGAAUCAAGCAUCAACAUCAGAAAAUCAUGAAACACAGUACAACACCAAUGUGGAUAGUGGAACAACAAUACCUACUACUAAUGGUACCAGUUCAAGUCCAGUAACUGUGAAUGUCUAUGAUAUGCUUUGGAUAAAUUAUUAUGUUAGUUCCCUUGGUAUAGGAGUUUAUCAUACAGGAGUCGUAGUACACGGAACUGAGUAUUCAUACGGAGGACAUCCAUUAACCAACUCUGGCAUAUUUGCUAUGUUACCUAAAGAUAGUGCCUAUCUAGGUGAAAAUUAUUCCUAUAAGUUAACACUAACAAUUGGAUAUACUGACUUUACAGCUUCAGAUGUGAAUCUCUUAUUGGAGAGUAUGACACCAGAUUUCAGUGGUGAUCAGUAUCAUUUGUUGCAUAAAAAUUGUAAUCAUUUUGCAGAUGCAUUUGUUCAGAUACUUUGUGGCCGUUCAUUACCAAAAUGGAUAAAUCGGUUAGCUACAAUUGCAGCCAAACUACCUUUUAUUGAACGAUCUUUACCAGUCGAAUGGUUAACACCUCAUCAACAGUUUGCAGAUCAAAUGAAUGAUCAACUUGACAGUGAAUCACGACAAUCACCUGAUGAAGAGCAUUCAAUCCAUUCGAAUACAACAGCAGCAGGUAAUUCACAUUCACCCUUCCGUCGUUGGAGUGCUAUUGAUCGUCUACAGAAUUCUCUACUACAUCGUUUUCAUCAUAAUACUACAAAAUAUGCUAAACGUCCUACAACACAGAAUCGUCAUCGUAGAUCACUGACGACUAAUGCUAAAUAUGAUACCUGUUCACUAUUCGAUCUACCAUCCGAUGAGAAUACAGUUGCAAAUGAUACCGACUGGUAUGCAUUUAUUACAGCUCAAUCGACGACCACCUUAUCUGAGCCUAAUAUUAUUAGUAUAUGUAGACAACAGGGAGUGAAGAAUUGUUCCAGUGACUCGUCAACAAGUAAUCCUGCAGCUGUUGUCGUAUGUCAAUCACCUACAUUCAGUUUAGGACAGCCGACAUCAGAUAUCGAUUCACAUGAAUGUGUUGCACUUCAACGAACCAAUCAAAAUGCAUCGAAUGAAGAGUAUUAUUUACCGAAGAAUACUAGGCAUAAAUCCUUGAAUUCAUCACAUUUUGAUGAUGAAACAGUAUCUUGUAAAGAUUCGCCUUCUUCAAUAACAACAACAUCAUCAUCAUCAAAUCAAUCUGAAUAUUCUUGUAAAUCAUGUGAUGACCAUGCAGCAGCAACAUCUCUUUCAACUGCUUUUACUAAUCUUGUACAGUUAGAUAAUAACAAUACUCAUGACAAUGGCAGUGAAAUCAACAAUUAUCACUAUGAUAAGUAUAUAAGUAAAUCGUCUAGUUCUCCAUGUUAUUCUUAAAGAGACACAUUCCCCUCCUCCUCCAACCCCCCCCCCGCCGGCUUCCCUAUUCCCCAUCCUUUUUAAUCAAUUAAUAAUUAAUCAGCAUAGCCAAGCCAGUUUCAUCGUCCCCAAUUGGAACCAUGACCAUGAAUGUUGUCUUCUUUUUGUGAGUGAUGAAUUAGUCUAAAGAUAUGAGCUAUUCUCACUGUGGAUGUUAACGUCAUCCCCGUUGUUUUUUUGUUCGUUUGUUUUUUUAUAUCUGAGGAUAAAAAUGAUUACUCUACACCCUUAGGCUAUUUCACGUGUUUGUCUUCUUCUUUUUCUGCUACCUAGGCAGCUAUUUAUAGCCAGUCCUAAUGCCUCAGGUAUCGUAUUAUGUAGAAUUUCCUCUUCUUAACCUUUUUGUGUUUCACUCAAAAAUGGGUUGCGUAACUCGUAAAUUUUUGUGAAGCUGCUAUGUGUGUAUGUGUGUAGAGAGAGGGGUGGAAAUGUGAGGCAUGUUUGUAUUCUCACUUAUGGAAUCUUUAUGCUGAAAUAGUAGUUUAUCCUUGCUGUGUAUGGCUCCUUUUUGUGUUUUUCUCAUAGAACUUAAUCUUUUUCCCGGCCUUUCUGUAUUGUUUGUGUAGAUAAAUGAAAGCUUCUUUUUAUUUCUAUAGAUAAACAUAUAUAUGUAUAAUUUUAUAAACAAAGUUUAGUUCUUAUUUGAUAUAUUUCAGUGAUUCCUAUUCCACUGUAUUCAACUUUAUUUAUAUAGGUGUUGUAUGUAAUGCAAAAGUUGGAUUCCUCUUUCUUUCCUCCCUUCCCUUACCAUUAAUUAAUCAAUUCAAGUGGCACACUUUUCUUCCGUCUUCUACUUCUACUUCGGCGUUUGAGACAGCACUUGAGGGGCUGGUAAGUCAAGUGCCUCAUUGCAUUUAUUCAUCUUUCUUGUUGUUGCUGUAGUGUGCGCACAUGCGUCGUGCUUGAGAACAUACGUGCGCGUGUGUGUAUGAGUGUGUAAAGCAACUUUAAACACGGCGGUGGCUAAUCUCACUUACGCUUAUUUUCAUUUUUAGUCUCUUUUCUUCGUUUGUCUUCAAUGUGUUCAAUACUCAGGUUAUUUUUGUCUAACAUUUCCUUUCCUUCGAUUGACAUGCCUGUUUGGUUUGUUCUGUCUUAAAGAGCACUUUGGCUUACUUUUUUGUUUCUUGUCUAUUCAAACUGUGUGUGUUGAUAUGAGAUAAGUGUAUAUUUUUAAUUAGUGUGUGUGUAAUUUCCAGCAAAAUGAAAAAGAAUAUACAUAUUUUAGUGGUCAAAUUGUAAUUGUUAUUCUCUUGGGUUCUGAGUGGAG